CCACCUACCGGAAUAAUGAUGAACAACAGGAUCAAGAUGGCGGCGCCCAUCCACAAAAAAGCGCGCGUGUUUUCACAUGACAGCUAGUACCUGUAUAUCUUCUCUGUGCCAGGAAAAGGGAUAACCUGCUGCAAAGUGAAGAUGCUGGGCUCCAUUCUUCUUCAGCGGUACUCGGUUUUUGGUUGUCAAGUCGUAGAUUUUUGCAUUCGGAGGUCGGUUCACAGACAGAGCAGCAUGUGCAUGCUAUGGAAAGGCCAACAGUGUAUAAGAUACACAAGUCACCGGGGUUACUAUAGAUGGAAUCCCCGUUACCUCUGUGUAUCUUCAACUCAAAACCCGAACUUGCAAUGCUCGAGACCUUUCACAAGACUUGGAAACACAGAUCACAGACGUUGCUACCUCUCACAUCCAAAGCAUGCUCUGUCAACCAUAGCCAGAGAUCAUCAGAAAAACUGUUGUCAGAUUCUCCCUUCUCAGAGUAGCAACCAUUCUUUCAGGUUUUAUGGAAAGGCCUUAGCAACUGAGGAGUAUCCAACAGUCACCGCGACGGGCAUCAGGCAUGUGCUGCGGAAACACAACAUUCCCUUCAGUACCGGUUACACGUGCUUCGUCGCAGAAAGCCCGUUCGUCACCAAACGAAAGAAGACCGCCGCCGCGAAGAAGGAUUUCUCUCUGUUCAUCAACAUGACUACGGGUUAUUUCACGUGUUUGGAGUCCGGGGUGACGGGAGGGUGGAAUUCGCUACAGGACUACCUCGAAGUCGUGCCCGCAAAAGGUCGCGCAAAGAGCACAAAAGCCAAAACAGUCGCAAAUCAGGAGAAUGGAGGGGAACCCUUUUCCACGAUUGCGUCAUUAAACAACGUAAAAACGCAGUCGCAAAUUGUCGACGACACUUGGAAUCAUGCCACACCCAUAAAGGAGACCGAUAAGGCAGUACUGAAUACAAUAUUAUCCAAACUCGGCGCAGAACACCUAUCCCAUGAUUCCCUGGACAAGUUGAACGUCCGUGUUGACGUGGAGAAGGGCAGCCUGGUUUUCCCGUGGUUCCAUCAUCAUGACAACAGGAUAUGUGGCAUGAAGGUCGUCCAAGGUCGCACGACUGGUAAGGAGAUUGAGUACCGUGAGUCGAGCGUUCCGAAGUCAGGGUACUACAACCUGUUUGGGUGUCAGUUGGGAACAGCCGACACAGAUGAGGUCAUCUUGACAGCGAGCGAGUUAGAUGUGGUCGCGCUCAGGCAGGGGCUGCGGAACAGCAAAAGGAACACGAUGCUGUUAGCGCUGCCCAAGGGAACAGCAUCACUGCCUCAGGAGAUUCUGCCAUUUCUGGAGAAGUACCGCAAAGUGAUCCUGUGGUUUGGCAACGACAUGCGAUCCUGGGAGGCUUCCAAACAGUUCAGCAGGAAACUCAACACCAAACGCUGCUACUUCAUCCGACCUAAGGAGGAGCAUCCCCGUCCACUGGACUUCCUCCUCCUGGGGUCCAGCAUGGGUCAAGUCGUGUCCGAAGCCCAACCGGUCAACCACAAGUCCAUCGUGUCCUUCAGGGAGUUAAGAGAAGAUGUGCAGAGGGAGCUGAGUCAAGCCGAGCAAGUCGCAGGCGUCAAGUGGAAACGAUUUCCUCAGCUUAACAAGCUGCUGAAGGGGUUUCGGCGCGGGGAGUUGACCGUGUUCACGGGACCGACGGGAAGCGGGAAGACGACGUUCAUCAGCGAGUAUUCGCUGGACUCCUGCAUGCAGGGCGUGAACACGCUAUGGGGGAGUUUCGAGAUACAGAAUGUGAGGUUACUGAAGAUGAUGCUGUCACAGUUUUCUCAGGUGAAGUUGGAGGCAAACUUGGAGAACUUUGACGAGUGGGCAGACAGAUUUGAGGCCUUACCGCUGUACUUCAUGACAUUCUACGGACAGCAAACGCUAAAAAACGUGACAGAGACCAUGCAGCACGCGGCGUACGUGUACGACAUCGAACACGUCAUUGUGGAUAACUUACAAUUCAUGAUGGGGACUGAAACCUCCAUCGGCGUAGAUCGCUUCCGCCAGCAAGACGCCAUCAUCGCGACAUUCCGGAAAUUCGCCUCAGCCAACAACUGCCACGUGACGCUCGUCAUCCAUCCACGGAAGGAAGAGGACACCAACGUGUUACAAAUGGCGUCAGUGUUCGGAAGCGCGAAGGCAGUACAAGAGGCAGACAAUGUGCUGAUCCUACAAGACAAGCGACUUUCAACUCAGCAAGGGAAAAAGUUUCUGCAGAUUGUGAAGAAUAGGUUUGACGGAGAGCUGGGCGUCAUGCCACUGAACUUCAACAAGGACACCCUGUGCAUGUCCACACCAAAGACUCCCAGAAGAAAGAAAGUAGAUGUAGAGAAGCAGCCGACUGAAAGUAGCCCGAGUGAAGACAACAUAGAUCUACCUCUUGUCCAGGACUGAGACAAUGCAGAAAGCUUUUUAGCAGUAAAAUUGCACCUAACAGUACAAUUAUAUUUGUAAGGUCUUAGGUCUGCUCUUUUUCCAAUGUGCAAAUUACUUGCAAACUAGAUUUGUACUGAACACUAAUUUAUACUAGUAGUUUAAGGAUGGACAUAGUCAAAAUGAGGUGCUCUAUUUCUGAAAUUUUGCAAUGUUAUUAAAAAGUCGUGCCAUCCAGUGAUGAUUAUGCUUUUUAGGACAAUCUCACCUUUUAUAUAGACAUGAAACUCAAGUCAAGGUCCUACAUCCCAAA